GUUCAAAUAUACGAGCUCAGAUGCAUAUAAUUCAAAAUAAUGAAUGAUCUGAAAAAGGUACACCUGUAAAUGUUGAAGUCUAUACAGAAACUUGAACCUUUCAUUGAUAAAAACCAAGACAAAGACUUUUUUUCUAGUUCAAUUGUUAGGAUUAAAGAUAUCAAAUGAAGAACCAAUAAACAAAGCAAUGUUUAAAGAAGAAGAAAAUUCAUUAUUAUCGGAUGUCUUUCUUAAUUUACAGACACAUAUUAAGGAACAAAUGUUACAUUUGAAUAUGGAACAAAAAGUUCUUUUAAAGCGUAUUGCCUAUGUAGAUGAGCUAAGCUUAACAAAUUUUCAAAUAAUGGUAGCUUCUUUACAGCAAGUCAGAUUAGUAGCCGAUAAGAUACCAGAAGGUAAUAACAACUUUGAUGUUCUUUUUUGUAGAACGAAUUGUUUAUCUCUAUUAUAGCUUUAAUAAUAAAAAAAACAAGCAGAAAAAGCUGAAAGUCAG